AUGAAACCAUCCCUACCUGAACAAAUAUUCCUCGAUAUUCCCAUCGCAGACGUCAUCAACAAAACGACGAAAAGACAACUAGUCGAGCCAUGGGCAUCUCGGUACUGCACAGCCAUCGCUGAAAAACGCUAUGGUGAUGCGAUUUGGGCGCGAUACCAUAUAGAUGGACGCGCCAAAGAUGGUAUCUAUACCAAUCUGCGCGAUAAUGGCGAUGGGCCAUUUGAACUACACGAAACUAGCGUUUACGACGUGAUCAUGGAAGAUGCCCGAGAGCUUGCAGAAGGUGAUCCGGAACUUUAUAGCGAGACACUUCGAUUCUAUCGCGAUUCUAGUCCAAGUGACGGUCGACGGGAUAUUAUUGAUGGACUCUUCAGGAUAGGAUCGUCAUGUCUAGCUAGUGGGUGA